AUCCCUAGAUGUGACAAUAACAACUACUAGGGUAUGGAGUUCCAAGACGUAACUCAAACCUCUGAGAUCCAACCAUCUGUAAACACCUGCCUCUUUUAUCUAUGCUCUCGAAAAUGUUGUUUGUUGUUCUAAAUCACUGGGAACAGCCUUCUUUUAUUUUAGUACCAUAAAUAAUGGCCAAAAACUUCAAAUUAAGCCUUAAGACUCUCAAUUUUCUGUUAAUAAUAUGGGAUAAACACCAUUUUCAAAAUUUUGGAUAAACUCUCGCAGACUUUCAUUCUCUAAUUUGUGAUAUACCUGGUUUGCCAGUAGACUGCCCAAUGGGCUUCUAUGCCUCCGGACUGCCCAGUGGGCUUCUAUAACUAUUUCAAUGUGUAGAUUGUGAAUAUAUAUGGCAAUCAUCUAAUUCCUCUACAAUUUGCUUUAGAUUCAUCCCAUAUCCCAGAUUGAGCCAGAGCAAUUUUGGGGCACUGUUGUAAAUCAAAUAGAACAAAGCAUUUCUCAUUAAAAUGCCAGAAUGGAGUUUUUCCUUUUUUUAAUCAAUAGGACCUAUUUUAAACAACUGUCCAGUUUGAUUUAGAUAUUGAGAUAGGUCAGAUUGGGUGUUCACAUUGCACAAGCCUAGAGCUAUGUCAGUUAUGCCUGCACUGAUGCCAGGCUCCUCCCAAAUGCAAAUAGGAACGACCGCAAAAUCUACAGGAAUCAACAUGAGCAGGGAUACAGUUCUCAGUACUAGCCAUUCAAGACUAAGAACAGCAUCAUCCCUCACCUACUUUCAUCCUCCUUCAGUAGCUCUCAAUCCACCCCCAAAACCAGCAGAAAGUUGCAGCACUUCAAUGCCUCCCCCAUCAACAAAUUCCAUAUACCAAUCCACUACCAAUUCCACAGCCUCUUCAAGCCACAAUUCUGCUGGAUCUUGUCCUCCAGCCUAUUCGGGAUCAGAUGAUGAACAUCACCGUCACCAGCUGCUGCAGACAACUACUGAUGAGAGAAAGCAGAGGAGAAUGCUGUCCAACAGAGAAUCUGCAAGGAGGUCAAGGAUGAGGAAGGAGCAGCACCUGGAUGAUCUCAGAGCCCAAAUAGUCCAACUGAGGGCAGAGAACAAUCAUAUUCUUGACAAGUUCAAUGUUGCUUCACAGCAAUAUAUGCAGAUGGAGGAUGAGAACAGAGCCCUCAGAUCCUAUGCCAUGGAUUUGAGUCGAGAGGUUCAAGCUUUGGGUAUUGCUCUGCAGCAGGCAGGGUAUGGAUUGCACUCCAUAGGAUUUGACUCUCAAUUUACUGAAUCAAUUCCAAUGCCCGAAAUGGAUGUCAAUCUAUUCAGUCAAAAAUAGUACUAUCGUGCAAUUGCUGCUUUUCAAAAUUUCAGACGACAGAUAUAUCAAGUGAUUAUAUGGUUUUCUUGUGGGUAUAAAUCAUAGAUCUCUUAUGCAAAAGGACAUAGGACAAAUUGAAGGGCAGCAAUUUUAUGGUUUAGGUGGUCUUUUCUCAAUCUUUUAUCAAUUCUUUCAUACAAUCGGUUCAUGAGAUACAUCAUAUCUAGAUGGCUCCGAUUUCUGCUCCGAGAGCCACCAAAUUCCCUGGCCAGACGAAGGAAAGCUUCACUAUACUAUCUAUAUUCUGUCACAGUAAGAGAUUCAGAAAUCUGCCUGUGAUUUGUUAGAACCCAGAUAAUUGAAUUUAUGAAAUUUUUAAUUUCAUUUUGUGA